UCUCAGUUGAGUAAUGCAGUUGGAUCACAAUUACUACCUCUUUUCUUGUGAAUGUCUUGUGAUAGUGGCUUAACUAUUUUGUCGGGGGGGAAAGCAAGUAAACCAGGUGAGGUCAUUUUACAGAGGAAAGCACUGUGGAUGAUGAAGCUUUGGACCCAUCCCUGGAGCCAAACCCCUUUCAGGAUGGAUACUAAGAUUUACAAGGCUGCGCUGAUAUGUCUUCUGUUUGUCAUGUCAGAAGUGUCAUGGGCCCAGAGUCAAACUCCCUCAGAUCAAAGAACGUCUCCCACCAAACCUAUGACUCCCACUGGAAACAGAACCACCAUAAAUGCUGAGACCACCCCGAAAGAUCUCUCAGAGAAAAGCACAUCUGGGCAUAACACCCAGAACACUUCAGUCAGCUCCACCGUAUCCGCAACAAGAACAACAGCUUUCAUUCAGAAGGCAAAAGAGCUUCAAACAAAGCCCACAUCUGCUACAGUGUCAUCGACGGAGAAAACAACGGCCAAAAACAAAACUGUCUGGGAUCCAAAGUGGGAUGAACCUUUCACCUAUAAUUAUCAAUCUCUGCGAUACGCUGGCCUGAUCAUUGCCAGUGUGCUCUUCGUUAUGGGAAUUAUGAUCAUUGGCUGUGGCAAGGUCUGCCGGCUGCCCAAGUGUCACAAGAGGUCAUCGAAAUCAUACCGUGUUGUCCAAGGAUAAGAAGAUGUGCAAACAAUGGCAGCCAUGGAAAGUUUCAAGAAAUUACAAACGACUUAGUCCGUCAGAGAGAAAAACACUUCACUAACACCUGGCAACGCGUUUGUGUGCAGACUGACAGGCUAAUUUUACUGCUUGGUAACUGUGGUGGAAGUUUGAGCAAACAAAUAUUGACUCAUGCUGAUAAAUGGAAAGCCUGGGAUCUGUUUUCAUGUCUAUAAAAUAAACUGUACUGGAAAUUAAAUUGUCCUGAACAAGAUCACUCUAACUUUAAUUGCAUCAAAUUGUAUGAAACAAAUUUUUGUAAAAAAAAAAAAAAGUCAAUCACUAAAGGUCAUGAAUAAACAUAUUUGUACACCGAGGAAUCUUAAUUUUUUUUCACAUAUGAGAAUUAAAACUGAAGCUGGGCAGUCCUGCAACCGCCAAAAAAACAAAAACACCAAAACGUUAAGCAAGUGUGUCCAAGCCUCUUAGAGGUUGUGUGUUUGUGAGAAAAGCCCUAGAAUAAAGAGAAUCUGAUGACAGAAUAACUUUGUAUCCAUAUGGUAACUCAGUUAUGCAAACAACACAUAGACAGCAAGUAGGUUUUCUAGCAUAUUUAAUGUCAAAAUAGGCAAAAAUCCAGAGUUCAUUUAUCUUUUUAUAUGUACAGCAGUUUCCCCAUUCUAAUUACUGAAAGAACAAACAAAGGUGUCUGUAGCUGUGCAAAAAUGAUUAUGGUAUUCUUGGCUGAUAAUACAUCAAUUACAGGCUCUGGAAAUUAAAUGCAUACCCCAGUAAAUGUCUUUGGCAUAGAAAUACAUAUAAAAAAAGUGCAUAUACAAAUACAAUUAUUUAACAUGAAGUUCAAAUUUAAACUUAUUGCUGUGAUAUAACACUAAUACAUAUUUAAGACAGGACUUACUUUCUAAUCAUGGGAAUUCCUUACAAAAGACCCUAAACCAUUUUUUCUUAGAAAAAAAAAAAUGGACACGUAUCACCCAGUAAAUAUAUACAAUUUAAAUUUAACUCCUUAUGACCUGCAUGCUUUUAUCACUUGAGCAUAUCCUAAUUGUAUAAACUAAUGCUUCAUAACAUUAUUUAAAAAUCAAUUACUACUGAUUGCGUUUUGAAACCUUGUUCAUAACGGGUUAAAUUUAAUGCACAAGACAUUUUUAGAUGACAGAUUUUUACUUGUAAAAUAAUGAUAAAAAGCUUAAAUGCUACACAUAUUGCAUUUUUUUUGCAUGAGUAGUGUCACAACAAAGAGGCUCUCCAAUGAGUUAAUAUCAGAGAGGCAUUUGGUAGCAAGUGUAUAGAAACAUUCUUCUACAUUUUAGGGAAAUAAAAUGUGAAGAAAAUACCGUUGUAUCAUAUAAAACAAUCAGGAAAUAAAAUUAUGCUUAGCAAAAAAAUGAAAUGUUCUGUACUCCAGUUUAUGCUAUGCCUCAAUAAAAUGCUGACACAUAAAAGGCUAGUCAGAAAUAAAUGACGCAGGCGUGUUCAGAUAUAGGAAGUUAGAACCAAUCGGAUAAUUUGUUUUAUACCAAUUCAUAAGCAUUUUUUCUUAAGCUGAUGCUUAACACCAGAUACAUUUUUACAGUUUUUUUUAAUACCCAGUGUUCUUGUUGACACAAUUUAUUAGAAAUAAAUAGAUUUUUUGAGUCAACACAUUUUUUAAGUAUUUGUUUCAAAGGGUUUUGGGGUUGUCCCACUUCAUCUGAAACAUUUUCUGACAGAAAGCUUUCCUGCAUAUAGUGUAAUUGAUGUCAUGUGAGUGAAUCCAGCACCCCUUCAUCAAGAAAAAUAAAA